AUGGACAAGAUCCCUCUCAACUACGAGGCCUCGGAGGGCGACACGCACAAGCAGGUCACCGGCACGAUGCCGUCAGAGGUGGUGCAGUGUCUCGAGAAUGCGCGGUUUCUUCACCUCGCCACCUGCACCGACAACAUACCCCACGUCUCCCUCAUGAACUACACCUACCUCGCCUCCUCGCCGUACUCGACCCGUCCCCUAAUCGUCAUGACCACGAACCCCGCCUCGCGCAAGAUGACCUCCAUCGUCGCCAACCCCAACGUCUCUCUCCUCGUCCACGACUGGGUCUCCCAUCGACCGCCCACCCAAAGCCGUCGCCCCUCCGGUGGCUCUCCCGGCCCCGACCACCGCUCCAGCCUCGCCUCUCUCCUGCUGAACCUCAACACCUCGGCCAUGUCUAGCAUCAGCGCCACCAUAGGCGGCUCAGCGCGCUUGGCCCCGUGCGGUUCGGAGGAGGAAAAAUACUACUUCGAGAAGCACCUCGAGAACAACACAUUCGCCGAGGGUGAGCCGCCUUUCCGCCAGCAAAACAACAGGGCCGAAAGUGGCCCCGCCGGCCACUUUGUAGCCGGGGAGGAGGUCAGGGUCAUCGUGGUCGACAUCAGAGACGUCCGGAUCAGUGACUGGAAGGGCACGGUAAGGGAUUGGGCCUUUGUGGCCGAUGCUACUCUCGCCAACGGCACGGCAUGA